AAAUGGCAGAGAGAGAGAGAGAGAGGAGAGAUACAAGAGAGAGAUGAAAGAGGCGAGCGUUGGAGGCGCGGCGGAAGAGAGAGCUCGUCGCGCGACUGAGAAGGAGAAGACGAAGCUCCGAGAGCGGCAGAGACGCUCGAUCACCACCAAGAUAUUUAAUGGCCUCAGGAAACACGGAAAUUACGACCUUGCCCCUCGAGCCGACAUCAACGACGUCCUCCGAGCCCUAGCCGGAGAAGCCGGUUGGAUCGUCGAAGCCGACGGCACAACAUACCGAGCCAAGAAGGAUCGGCAGCUCCAUCCGCCGCAGCACUGCCCUACAUGUAUCGUCUCAGGAAAUAGCAGCCGUACGACGGCGAGCAGUUUGGGCGGGGAAUGCUCCACGACGGCCUCUCCCCGCCACGUGUCACUCCAGCAGCCAUCCAGCUCCUCCAGCGGCGGGCCCACCGCCUUCGCGGGUCCAUACCUGGCCCCGGCUUCGGACGUCUCCCUCACCCGCCUGAGGGAGGACGAGCUCAAGGCGUAUUUCCAGGGUGGCGGCCACGUGGACGGCGUGGGAUACGGUUUGGCCGGUGGGCCCUACUCAAUGCUUCCACGUCAGCAGCAGCAACAACACGCGUUUUUCAUGGAGGCAAGGGCCUCGAACCAGAACACACCCAUCGGGUCCCCGCAGCACCAUGUUUGAGACUGGAUAGUGACACCCCCGGUGCACUGUAGCAGAUCUGGCUUAACUGACGCUUUUUUUCUUUUUCUUUUUUUUGCCUUUUUUUGUUCUUUUGGUGGGCUGAUAUGUCUUUUUUGCCGGACGGCCUCGCAUCUCAACGCGAGUAUACU